AUGGASCUGAUGGGUAACGUGCAGCAGAUGUUUGGGAUGAACGUGGCCAAAAGGCACCCUGGAAUGGCUGGAGGUGRAAUUGUCUUUAUUGUGGAAGGAGAAGGAAUAAAAAUGACUGUUCCUAGGAAUAAGCAGCCCCUGCUCUUGAAGUUGCUCUAUUUGGUAGCCUGGGCUGUGUUGGGUUUCGAAGCUGCCGCAAUCCGAGGCUCGCCGUGCAACUGCAGCGCGAGCGGCGGCGAGUGCAACGCCAGCACGGGAGCGUGCGCCUGCCGGCCGGGCUACGCGGGGCCGCGCUGCGAGGGCUGCGCCCCGGGCUACGUCGCUGCCGCGGACGGCGAGGCCUGCCGGCCCUGCGGCUGCAGCCCCCACGGGGCCCUCGGGCCCGGCUGCCGCACAGAUGGGCAGUGCCAGUGCAGAGUCGGCGUGACGGGCCCCAAGUGCGACCGCUGCGACGAUGGCUACUACAGGUCCAACGCAAGCAGCUGCGAGCCCUGCGAGUGCAACAACCGCUCCCGGAGCUGCCACGCCGUGACAGGCGCCUGCCUGGACUGCCAGGAGAACACGGAGGGAGAGCACUGCGAGCGCUGCAAGGAGGGCUUCUACCGCAGCGGCCGGCCCRGCCCGGCCUGCCACCGCUGCCCCUGUUCCACGGUGGCCUCCACCGGCACCUGCCACAUCAGACCCGGUGACAGUGCCCCGACAUGUGACAAAUGCAAAGCUGGGUAYACGGGCCCCAACUGCAACCGCUGCGACGACGGCUACUACAACUCGGACAGCAUCUGCGUGAGAUGCAGCUGCAACGGGAACGUGGACGCGGCGCGGACGCCCCGGGUGUGCGAGCCGGACAGYGGGCGCUGCAUCGGCUGCCUCUACCACACUGCCGGCUUCCACUGCGACGAGUGCCAGGAGGGCUACAGCCGGGACCCCGCCGGAGGCAACUGCACCAAGAACGAAGUCACGCUUGGCCCGGAAACAACAGAGUUUAUAACAUCUGCUCCGAACAUCAGCAGAGCAACAUCAUUUUCAACUGUAGUAAUAAACAGUACGUUCUCCCCAACAACUCUGCAGACUGUACUUCCUAUAAGUUCCUCUGACAAUAGUACUUCUGCUUUUGCAGAUGUUUCAUGGACUCAGUUUAACAUAAUUAUUUUGACAGUUAUUAUCAUAGUUGUUGUCCUACUAAUGGGCUUUGUGGGAGCUGUCUACAUGUACCGUGAGUAUCAAAACCGAAAACUGAACGCUCCUUUUUGGACCAUUGAACUCAAAGAGGACAACAUCAGUUUUAGCAGUUACCACGACAGCAUUCCCAACGCUGAUGUGUCAGGCCUGUUGGAAGAUGAUGGCAAUGAAGUCGCGCCAAAUGGACAGCUAACACUGACAACUCCCAUGCAUAACUACAAAGCUUAAUGAAGAAGCAAUCCAGAUGUUCCACAGUUGGCUUAAAAAAUUGCAGGGCUUGUUGACGGGGUAUCGGGAUCCGUGCCAAGGCUCCAAGCAAUGGAUUUUGCUCUUCAGGUACUCUUAUGCUGGGCAUGCUGAAGCUUGCAGGUGAACGGAAAAACGUGUAGUACAUCUGAAUUUCAGGUAGUUUGGUGAAAUGCGUUCACUUUCUUGUUCUCCUUAAAGUUCCACAGAGUUCACUGUUGUUAAGGAUUCAAAAUUACUCUGAUCUUAAAAUACUUUUUAUUUAUGAAGAGAUGAUGGGGUGGAAAAAGCAAUACCCCAUGAAGCUACUUGACUUCCAGCCAACCUAACACACAUGCCUGCAUCCUUUAUUUUGAAAAGUAGUUGGUGAAUUAACAGUGGAUUUUAAGGAAACAGAGUUUUGUAAAGACUUCAUAUUAGGUCCUGAUAUGAAUUUGCUUGAAGAGGUAGGAGGGAGGGAAGGAAGAAAGAAACAAAGAAAGAAAAAUCAGGGAAACCAGUGUUCACUGUACUAUCAAGAGGCAAGUAGAGGAGUAAGMUACACACUUGAACAAAAAUCAGCACUAUCAGUUUUGACUAAGCUAGGAAACAGGAAAAAAAUACCAUGGAAAUAAUGGAGUUAGGGAGGAGGCUGUGCUUUUCCCUUUCUGAGUACUUUCACAGGGUGAUGAUGGUAUUAAAACAUAGGAAGACUUUUUUUCUCUAGUAGGAGUUGAUGAGCUUGUAUAGUUUCUGUGCAAGAAAGAUGACAAGACAUCUCAGGGUUGCCAUGUAAAAAGAAAAGCUGGGCUUAAUAUCCUACCCUGAUAGAAAUGAUGUGUUCUGUAUAUAGAAUGUAAUAUAUCUUAUUGGAAUUGUAUUUGUAAUUAUUUGUAAAAAAGACAACCAACCAAAAAAAAAACCCAACAAGAAAAUCAUGACCCCCUCCGACUCCGUAUUCCCUAAGUCGUAUUUUAUCAUCUAGAUUUUAAUUGUACAGCGGUUAGUGGCGUUGUUUAAAAAGAAAAAAAAAAAAAAAAAGAGGAUUGUUUAAAAUACUGUAAAUUAGAUGGCAAUAUGUCUGGAGCUGGGACUCUGGCAAACACCCACUGCUUGAAGCUUUUCUUCUCAUGUCACUGAAUAAUUUUCUUUUUUAGAGAAAAUGUAAGUGCUCCCUACUUGCAUCUGUCAACUUUCCUCGUUCCUUUAAAUACGCAGUAAAUAGCCCUCCCUGCCAUGACGAGGCCCU